AUGUCGACAGAAGCAAAGAAGACAAUGAAGGCCGUAGUCUUUGAAGGACCCAAGAAGGUUUCAGUUCAGGAGAGGCCGAUUCCUGAGGUGCAAGAUCCUAGGGACAUCAUUGUCAAGGUGCAGAUGACUGCUCUGUGUGGCUCUGAACUCCACACCUACCGCGGCCGCGAGGCCUCAACCCCAGGUUUCAUCAUGGGUCACGAAUUCACCGGCGUCGCCCAUGCCGUUGGCCCCUCUGUCAAGACCAUCAAAGUAGGCGACAAGGUCGUCGCCCCUUUCACCGUCUCCUGCGGCACCUGCUUCUACUGCCUUCACGGCUUCUCCUCCCGCUGUGCCUCCUCUUUGUUGUUCGGUUCCCCCGGGCUCGACGGCGGACAAGCCGAGUACGUCCGCAUCCCCCUUGCCGACGGGACCGCAGUCGUGGCCCCGCCCGAGAUCGAAGAUGAGAGGGCGUUGGUGUUGAUGGCGGAUAUUUUCCCCACGGGAUAUUUCGGCGCGAAAAAUGCGUUUAAACUGAUGCAUGACCUGAACCCGGAGGAGGCGACGGUGGUGGUGGUGGGUUGUGGACCUGUGGGGCUUUGUGCAGUUGUGUCGGCGCUGGAGUACAAGCCUAAGCAUUUGUUCGCUGUGGAUUGUGUGGAGAGCAGGUUGGCGUUGGCGAAGGAGCUGGGCGCGGAGCCGUUGAACUUUGCGGAGGUUGAGAAGGGAGGUGUUGGGCUGGAAGGGAUGGUGAAGAGGAUUAAGGAGGUGACGGAGGGGAGGGGCGCGGAUGCGGUGGUUGAGGUGGUGGGAAGCAGGCCGGCGCUCAAGACGGCGUAUGAGCUUUUGAGGCCAUUUGGAGUGAUCAGCAGUAUUGGUGUCCAGGGACACUAUGAUUUGCCUUGGUCGAGUGAAGAUGGGUAUAACAAAAAUUUGAGAGUACAGAUGGGCCGGUGUCCGGUGCGGUCCAUCUUCCCGGAAGCGUUGGAGGUGAUGGGUAGAAACCAGCACAAGUUUGGCUUCAUGUACGACAAGAUCAUGCCCCUUGCCGAGGCUGUCGAGGGAUAUGAUCUCUUUGAUAACAUGAAGGUACAGAAGGUGAUCUUCACACCUUGA